AAAUUGAUCUCGCACAUUGAGAGUGGGAUUGAAAUCGUACAUUCGAGCCAGGAUAAGAGUUCUUCAAGAGACAUUCCGUUUCACAGGUCCACUGGCAGUCAGCACCUCAACAAUCUAGCUCCUCACUCCCCUCUACAAGUGUUCUCUCCCUCAUUUAUUCUCCUCCCAAUCAAUCGCAAAUUAAAUAAUCGAAUUGAGUAAAAAAUCUCGACUAACGAAUUAAUCAAUUAAUAAUCAUUUCCCAAUAGUAAUUCAGCAGUUCCGCGUAGAAUCUGUGAUGUGAGAUGUAUCAAACUAUUUUUUAAAAUAGUAAUAGACGAAGAAAAAGUGUUUGUAAAGUAGAAUGCACUGAGAGCAUCCAAUUAAAGUUCAAAUUUUGAUGAAGAUGAUUUUGGGAUCGAUCGGGAUGGGGAGGGAAAUUAUUUCUGGGAUAGCUUCAGCGGUGUUUGUGAUUGUUUCGGUGGCGGGAGCUGCCGGCGCGCCGGAUAACUUGACUGAUAUGAUGGGACACGUGCUACCCGCGUACGCUAUAGCCGGGAAAUCCCAUCUUCUGGCGGAAUCCAGCAAGUGCCGGGAGGAACUGGAGGUGUUUAGAGAGGGUGUUGAUGCCCGAAAGUUGUGGAGUUUGAGAAUGUUAGAUUCAAGUGGAGUCCCAAGAUCAGGUUUCAUCUACGGAAACAAUUACUGGAUGGGCAGUAAAAGUCAAUGUUACGAUAUACUGAACCCCGAGCCGUUGGCUCUGCACCCAAAAUGGCUCGAAAAUAAUACAUUGUACCGAAAUCCGAAGGAAGAGUUGGCGCCCUAUCAACUGAAUUACUUCGCCGCUCAAUUCGUACACAACAGUACGUUGCAGUAUCAUCACAGAAUAGGCAACGAACACAUGAUGGUAUUAGGAUUAUGUCUCCCCUCGACGUGUGAAGCAGCCGAGUUGGGGCUGAUUUUACAAAAAAUAUUCGACGAGCGGACUUUAUCACUUGGGGAAGUAUACGGGAUGGACUUCAAACUGCUGCGCGUGAAGGAUCUGAAGAAUGAUCCUCAGUACCUCAUAAAUUGGCGGAUGCUUACCGUAAUAUCGGUGAUAAUAGCGACUCUAACGAUGAUGAUAAUUGGGACCUGUUAUGACGUCCGGGUGCACCAGGAAAGACUCAAGGUGGAUAAAUCAAGUGGCACCAGCAGUAUUCUCAGUGGACAGGACAUUAUUGGGGAAAAGUUGACCGCGGAAAACGGCGACUCUCCGAGUUUAGCCUCACCAAGUUCGUCCUCACCCCUGAAAACAGGCGGAAAAAUCCUCAUGUGUUUCUCUGUCUACACAAACUCGAAAGAUCUUUUCAGGACUUCAUUGAGCAGAGGAUCAGUAGCUUCCCUCCAUGGGCUUCGAUUUUUGGGGAUGGUCUGGAUCAUCGUCCUCCAUACACCAAUAUAUGUACAAGAGUCCACAGAUAAUAAAAUAUGGUCAAUGAGAUUGGGAAUGGGUUUCGCCUCGCAGAUUCUCUCCAACGGCAGCCUGUCAGUGGACACAUACUUCUUCCUGAGUGGCUUCUUACUCUCCCACAUAUUCUUCAAGAACAGAAAACGCAGCGGCGAUGCAGCGAAGCCUGAGGGGAAUCCCCGAGAGGGAUUCGGGUUGGGUACAUUCACCCAAUCUGUCGUGGCGAGAGUUAUCAGACUGACCCCUGCCUACAUGAUGGUCGUUGGCAUCGCGGAAAUGAAUGCCCAGUUCUACAGCCGCACAUCCCCGUUUUAUAUGAUCGAAAGGCCGCAGGACACUUGCCCCAAGUACUGGUGGCGAAAUUUACUUUACAUCAAUAAUUUUUUUAGUCGUGAAGAAAUGUGUUUAUCCUGGAGCUGGUACCUCUCCAAUGACACUCAAUUCUUCAUAUUCGGAACCGCGUUAUUACUAAUAUCAGCGAGGUAUUUUUACACCGCCGCGGGAAUUUUCGUUGCAACUCUCUUCACAUCCUCCCUGAUUUCCGGAUACGUCGCCUAUAUUUAUGAUUACGUGCCCACGCUCGAUGAGCAAUGGAAUACGUUUGAGAUUUUCUAUGAUCCACCGUGGAUGCGGAUCGGUCCCUAUCUCGUUGGAAUAGCCACAGCUUACUUGCUAUCCAGAAUGGAGAAUAAAUUGAAUGUUGGAAGGAAAACUUUGUGGCUGCUGUGGAUAUGCGGCAGCUCUUGCAGUCUCCUCGUUCUCUUCGGCUUGUAUGACAGAACAGUGUCUGUUGUCCCGGUGUCUGUCUACAUCGCCUUGGGUAGAACAGCCUGGGGGGUCGGAAUUGCCUGGGUCGUGAUCGCCUGCUGCACGAAUCACGGAGGAAUUGUCAACACAAUUUUGACGUUCAAGGGGUGGAUACCUUUGAGCAAACUGACGUACUGCGCUUAUCUCCUGAAUCCGUUCCUCGUAGGUUCAGUUUCCCUCAGCAGUGAGGCAACUAUUCACAUAGAUUUGUUGCUAAACGGAACGACCUCCUUCGGAUUCCUGGUAAUCACCUAUUUCAGCGCCUACGUGACCUACCUAAUGUUCGAAGCGCCAUAUAUUCUGCUGCUGAAGCUCUUCUACACCACAAAAAAGAGCAGAAGAUAAAAGUGGGCGAAAGAGGAAACGACUCCAGAAGGAAACAACCGAAAUCCUUGAAAAAAAUCGUAUAUUCUUCCCAAGUAUUUUCGAACCAAACGUACAAAAUUACAGUGCAUUAUAUUCAAGUAACGAGCAUUGAAUCAAUAAAUUAAUUUUUCUAUUCAUUACACCAAA